AGGUACACACGUGGCAGUGUGAUUUGCUGCCUUCCUCCCCUUCACCGGCAUCUGGCAUUUCUCCCCAUGCUAUCCCUGCCCAGGAACCGGCGAUUUAGGGAGGACCCCGGCUGUAGGGAGGAACCGGAGGUGGCUCCGUCUCCGCGGACUCCCGGAAGGUGGUGCCGCCCCCGCUGCCCGCUUCUUCCCCGCCCCUUCCGUUCCCCGGGCGCGUGCGCCCUUUUAUUCGGCUCUUCUAGGUUUCCGGGGGUCCUGUCCCUUCCAGCCGGGGCGGGAGCGGACGACCACACGCCUAGGGGUAGCCCGACUAUGCGUUGGGGGCUGCGCCCUCGCAGGCCUGGGGCGGCGGCCUUGGCCACGGCCCGAAGUUUGUGGGGGACGCCUCGCUUUCCCUGCCGCCUGGGAUGGCUAUCGGCGACGAAAAGGCUUCUGGAGCAGUCGGUCUCCGGGGCCAGUAACCACCAGCCGAACUCGAAUGGCGGCAGAUACCGGGACACGGUGCUGCUGCCGCAGACCACCUUCCCCAUGAAGCUGCUGGGCCGCCAGCUGCCGGACACGGAACUGGAGAUCCAGCAGAAAUGUGGAUUUUCAGAACUUUAUUCAUGACAAAGAGAAAGAAAAGUAAAGACAGAAUUUUGCCUUCCUGAUGGACCUCCUUCUGCAAAUGGUGACCCUCAUAUUGGACAUGCUUUAAAUAAGGGGAAACAGCAAGAAAUCCUCCUCCAUGCUGCAGCCUAAAAGAAGGCAGGAAGGAAUAUGUGGGCCUCCCUGUGUUGUCCCUCCUUUAGGCACACUGGAAACUCAACAGCUUUACAAGUAAGAUACAAGGCACCUCAGCAAACCCUGCUCCGCCUGCUUCUCCAGCCCAAUUCUACAAGGCCAUAAGUAUCUCACCUUCCAUUGCUUCACCCAAGCCUUCCUCUAGAGGUGGUGCCAUCACCAGUAUGGCUGUCUCCUCUGCUGUGGAGUGCUUGUAUCUGACAAAAUAGAUGAGGUCUUGAACGUCGUCAAGCACUGCAGCCUCUUCGAAUAUGUUAUUUUCCUUCAUCCCCAGAUCUCUAUAUUCAGCCACAUGAAUAUCGAGCAUUUUUUCUGCUAUGCUCAGAAUUUGUGACUCAGAAGCACGGAAGACCUUAUCUAGGACCUUUUCCACAUUAUAGGGCAGGCUCUCCUGCUGUGCUGACUUCAGUUUUGAUGACAUUUCUUGUAGCAAGGAUUCCAGCUCAUGGACAUUAAAGUACUUAUGGAACCGCUGCAAAGACUGCCCUUUAAAGAAGCUGCUUAUGAUGGGCAAGUCCUCCCUCUUGUCACUAUACUCUGGCUUUACAGUUGUACGGGGAGUCCAACGGAACAAGUCAUCUUCGAGAUCUGUGGCAGCAGACCCCUGGCUUUCUGUGCCCAUGUGUUUGUCUGCGGCCUCAUGGUCCUCCUUUGAGAGUUCUCCCUCAGGCUUCUCUGCAAGCCAUGAGGUCUUCAGAUGUUCCUCAGGGUUGUUGUUCUUCAGAUAGUCAGAAUCUUUAUUCUGAAACACUUCACCUAACUCUGGAGUCUGAGUCUUUAUGCGGUCAGAAAAGUCGCUUCCUUCAGAUGGUCUGUGUGCUUUCUCGUCUGCGGGAGGGCGUUCUGUUUCCACCUUUGUAUAUGGUUCCCUGCCUCCUGUGUUGACUCCUUUGGCUGCAGUCUCACGCUUUUCUUCACUAUCCAACAUCUUACUAGUUUCUUGCUUGCUUUCUUCAAUUUCUGGAUCAGGAUUAGUGGUCCCCAAAACUGCUCUUUCAGGGACUUGUAGAUUAACAUCAAACUGCCUGCCCUGAAUUCCAGGGUCUUCUUCUUUAGACCGUUUUGCACUUACAGCAUUUUCAUCCUCCAGUAGUUCUUCAGGGGGAUACUCAUCCUCUACUGCUUCUGAAAGGAAAGCUGGUUCUCCUGUGCUGUCAGAUUGGUAUGUCUGUCCUGCUUCUUGUGUGCCCUGCAUUGCCUCGUGAUGAAAAACCUCCUCAUCCGAGGAGUCCUCUUUGGCCCUGCCCUCGGAGAGCCUUAUCUUCUCACUUAGUUGCUUAUUGACUGUGGCAGCCACAUCUCUUUCUUGUUGCCAAGAAAGAUUUCUUCCCAGGAUGGGAAGCUUUUCUUCCAGUUCUCUGGGCAAACCAGUCUCAUCUGGAGAGGAGAAUCUAGGUUGGUUCUGAGUUUUAAGCACUAGUUCCUCUUUAAAUUCCUCACGUUGAUGCUCCACUGGAAGCGUGUGUGGUUUGGCUCCAUUUACUGAAGCGUCUCCCUCCACCCGGUCUCUGGAUGCAUUAGGGUGGUUAUCUCCCAUGACUGGUGCAGUACCCAAGGAUUCCUGUUGAAUCUUUCUGUCAUUCAUUUCAUUCCCUGCAGCUUUCUGUGCAGAUUCACUCUCUGAGCCACCUUCCAAAAUCUGCUCUCCAGGCUUUUCUUCGUGGGGAAUUCCUUUUGAGAUAUAAAUAACUGCUCAUUUUAGGUCAUUUUCUUUAUCGUCGAAGGCUGAUUUUAAUGCAUCUUUGCCCUUUUCAUCAGCCAGCAUAGAGCUGAGGUUAUUGCUGUGAGUAGACCUGUACACAGUCAUCCCUUCUUGCUUUUCAUCCUUGAAUUCAGUCUCAUCUUGGACCAGGCCCUUCUUGGAUUCCUGAGCUUCCCACCCUUUUUUUUAAAUUUGAAGUUCUGUGUUUACUUCUGGGCCUUGGUCAUUACUUGUUUUAGGGAUGUCUACAAUCAAAAGACCAUCAUGUACAUUGUCUGGGUCACUAUAAUCUGUUGCUGACUGUGGUUUCCCCUGUUUGCUAUCUGGGACUAACGGAUCAUCAUCUUUUUCUUCCUCUGAAUUAGAGCUCUCUACAUCCAGUGUAUCUGUUUUUUCUUCACCUCCUGCGACAAUAGAAAAGAUAGUAUCCCCCCAGGUUGUUAGUAUAUUUUUAUCAUCAUUUUUGAUGCCAGGGUGCACAGUUGGCUCAGCCUUAUCCUCUUCAUUCGAACUUGGCUCUUUAUCUGUUGAAUAUUUCUCAUCUCCAGACUUUGCUGGAGUUUUGAUACCUUCCCCAUCUGUAAAGGUGAGUAAUGGCUUAUCAAAGUCUUCUUGGUUCUCCUCAUCGCCCCUUCCAACUGCAUAAUACUCAGCAUCCAAAUCCUCAUCAAAGUCAUUUUCUAAUGAAGUAACAAGUCUGGUUGUCUCAUCAUCAGAUACAAUUGCAUCCGCUGUUGAGCCAAAUUUGGUUUUCAAGUCUAGAGUCAUUUCUUUUUUCAAAAGUUUAUAGGCAUCAAUCUUAUCCUGUUCAUUUGAGACCUGAGAACUAUUGCUGGUUCUGUUGUUCUCACUUUCUGGCACUUUUACUUGAUCUUGCAGCAUUUCUUCAAAAGCCUCAUAUGAAGGCUGCUCUCCCUGAGCAUGAUGUGCUUGGCUGUUUGUAUGGGGGUGGUGCUUCUGAGCUGUAAACUGUUCCUGAAGAUCCUUUGCCUUUUCUGAGAACACUCUGUCACUUUCUUCUGAGUUGGCUUCUACUGGUUCAGGCUCAGGUUCACUUUCCUUAGCUAAUUCAGGGAUUACUCCCACAUCCUGCGAAGUUUUUUCUACAACUUUCUCAGCAUCUCCAGUUGCAGAAUUGUACAGUUCCAAGAACCCUAAAAGUUCUUCGACAUUAUGAUUAUCAAAAUCAUCGCUUCCUCUAUCAAAACAAACAAAAUUUGUCUCCUGUAAGAAAAAGAAUCAGUGUGUCAUUAAUCAAGUGUCACAAAAGCAAACUCUUAUCCAUGUUAAUGACUGAGAUCAUCCCAAAUUCAGGUUUGGCUCUAAAGGAGCUUUUGUGCCAAUGUUGGGCACCUGUUCAUGGGCAGUGGGUGGACAGGAGGCUGGAACCCACUUUCUUAUCUGAGAAAUACUCCUGGCUUCCUUUCAUUCUCUCUUCCUCGGGGGAGGAAUGAUUCACGUGGUUGGUGAGUUUGCUCAGUCCCAUUCCUAUUUUCUGUUUGGGACCUCCUGGAGAGAAAAGACACAUUCCAUUCCGUUCCUUCAUGCUGUCAGUUUUACAGGGACAGUCCCCCUUGGGGAGACCCCUAGUUGGGUAGCUCUGUUUGUGACUGGGUAAGUCCAUCUUAAUUUAGACUGUAAUGUUAGAAAGCCCAUUAUUUCUGCAUACUCCAAUGACAGUGUUCGCGCCAAGGGCUUGAGACAGUAGCGUGACUAGCCCCAUCUUGGCUGCUGGACCUAUCUGCCCGCUCUCCCUGCUCUCGAGAGUUGUCGAGUUGAGGCAAAAAAUGGCUAAGCCACUGAGGCAAAAACAGAAUGCAGAGUAAGGGCUUGUGGUUUAUGAGGACAUUGUGCUGACUGCUUCAUAUAUCCUUUAGUCUCUGUGUAAGCAAUAGGCUUGCUGCAAUUGAGAUGCCUGAGAGGGGCAAAAGACCCCUGCCCAUAUUUUCUCAGGAGCUAAGCCUCUGUUCAACCUCCUGAUGGAAAACAUAGUUAACAAGCCACCUUAAAGGGCACCAUUGUUUGCUUGCACUGUGUAUCUUUGAAAAACGUAUAUUAACUCUUAAACUGCUUUGUAAGCUAUUAUCACAGGCCCCCUUAAAAAUGCUUUGUGAGCUGUUAUCUGAAGCCCCUGAUAACUAUUUUUACAUGAUUUCUGUUCCCUUUUCUGUUUGCCCCCUUUUUCUGCUGAGCUAAAGUAAAGGUAACAAGAAAAAAGGUAUAAAAGCUGUAACCUACAAAAAUAAAGUGCUGUGUGCUGCUUGACUGCACGCAGACCUCCAGACUCUA